AACAAAUUCAAUUUUAAACGAGUGGCCGUUUGAAGUCCCGAGAGAGAUAGAAGGAGAGAGUAGAGAGAGAGAGAGAGAUUCAGAGUUAUAACUUCAAAAACCAAACUUGAAUGCAACCCAACAAAAUCCAUUAAAACGAAAACAAACUGAGCCUCAGAGUAAUAAACACAGACACGGUUUCAGAUAAGAGACUCCACACGGUUGGUUUCUCAGAGUGUGUGUUCGAGGAAGAGAGAUGACAGGGCUCGUGAUGAUAACGAAGGGAGCGGGGUGUGGUGGUGGUGGUGGUAGGGGAGCAAAGGGUGGAAAGAGCUCCGAGGAAGAGCAAAACCAGCUAUCGCUGGUGGCGUUUCUCGUGGCGGCUCUGAGGAAAUCCAUGGUUUCUUGCCGUGUUGAUCGGCGGGAGGAUGUGAUGUCCGCCGUUCAUAACAUGGAAAUCGGGUGGCCCACUAAUGUUCAGCACAUUACUCACGUGACGUUCGACCGUUUCAAUGGGUUUCUGGGUCUGCCUGUGGAGUUCGAGGUUGAGAUCCCCGGUCGAGUUCCGAGUGCAAGAUUUUGCAGUGCUAGCGUGUUUGGAGUGUCAGCAGAGUCGAUGCAAUGCUCUUACGAUACAAAUGGAAAUAGUGUGCCCACCAUACUCUUGCUAAUGCAAGAGCGCUUGUACUCUCAAGGAGGUCUAAAGGCAGAAGGAAUUUUCAGGAUAAACCCAGAGAAUAGCCAAGAGGAGCGUGUAAGGGAUCAGCUGAACCGAGGCAUUGUCCCUGAAAACAUUGAUGUCCAUUGCUUGGCAGGACUCAUCAAAGCCUGGUUCCGAGAGCUUCCUUCAGGGGUCCUAGAUGGACUUUCUCCUGAACAAGUUCUCCAGUGCAACACUGAAGAAGAAUCUGUUGAGCUUGUGAAGCAGUUAAAGCCAACUGAGGUUGCAUUGCUUAAUUGGGCUGUUGAUCUUAUGGCAGAUGUGGUUGAGGAAGAGGAAUCCAACAAAAUGAAUGCCAGAAACAUUGCCAUGGUUUUUGCUCCUAAUAUGACUCAGAUGUCUGAUCCAUUGACGGCUCUAAUGCACGCGGUUCAAGUAAUGAACUUGCUCAAGACCCUGAUUAUGAAAACAAUAAGAGAUCGGGAAGAGUCUGCUACUGGAGAAUAUUCACCUAUGUCAUCACGUUCUUCCAAUCAGCAAACCGACGAGGAUUUUGACAGCCAGCAGGAGAUGGAUAUAAGUUGUGAAUUGCAAGCACCUACGUCAGACAAUGAUGAUAAUUGCCCUUAUAACCACAGCAGUGAAGAUGAAGAUGAGGUGGAGUCAUUAAGUGAGAUAGAAGAAUGCUUCUUAAGGCAAUUGGACGGAAAGAAUACCACCACAAAUAGUUUCUCAGAAGAACCGGCAAAUGAUCCACAGUCAGAGCAUGCAAGCCCCUCAAGUUGUUUGGGCUUCAAUGGGGAGUCCGGUAUCAGCAGCGUUUCAUUCUCGGAAAGCAAAAAUGGGAAAUCUAGCUCAAGUUCAAGUGAUGUGGAAGAAGACUUGGAGACAAGCCUGAUUGCCGUGGAAACAAAGUUUGAUAAAGAGAGCCCAUCAAUAGCAUGUGCAAGCACCAAUGACGUGGAGAUGAUUGAUAAAUCGAUGUCCACUUCGUCUAUGCCAUUGUUGACAUCUACAUAAUCUGCGUGACUUCUUUCAUUUUCGUAGUGCUUGUUUGCUCUGGAAUUUCUCUCGACGGUUGUGAUUGCUCCUGUAAAUUAUUAAUACAGCAUUGAAUGUGAGGCUCUCCUUAUACUGGGGUAGGGAGGGAGGGAGUGUUUUGCCUGUGGAUUGUGAAAUAUUCAGGGUUCAGCUUACGGCUGAACAUGUGCUUGUUCUGUGUACCUUUCAGUAGUAGUCAACCAUUUUCUAACCCCUUAGCAUUUUCAGAUUGGAAUGAAUUGUCAGUCAGAAGUCGAGUCCUGUUUCCACGUCGAACAAUUUCGAAGUCUAUUGAAUUUGUAGGGAGCUUUGCUUUGCUUUUAAA